AUGCCGGAGAAAAAUAUAUCCGUUGCCGGAUUCUUGACCGUCUUUGUGUGGCUCGGUCUGGCAGCGGCCGGGGAAGAGGGGACGGGCGGAAACAACAAUUAUCUUCCAGUUUCAAUAGCCAAAGCUAAUUACCCCCACAACGGUGUCGAUUUUCCGACCGGAAAACCCACCGGCAGAUUCUCCAACGGCAAGAACGCCGCCGAUGUUAUCGCUGAGAAAUUCGGAAUACCUUCGCCUCCGCCGUAUCUGUCACUGAAAAAUACAGGGGACAAAUCCGCCGGAGAAUCCACCGGCGUCAACUUCGCCUCGGGCGGAGCGGGAAUCUUCAACGGCUCCGACCAAACCCUUGGCCAAUCUAUACCAAUGUCUGAACAAGUGAACAAUUACAUAUCCGUUCAUCAAGAAUCGGUGAAUCAGCUCGGAGCAUCCGCUGCUCAGAUCCAUUUUUCGAAAUCGAUAUUCGUUAUCGUCGUCGGAAGCAACGAUCUCUUCGACUAUUUCCGAUCAUUCGACCUCCAGAAGAACAAUGAUCCUCAACAGUACACGCAAUUGAUGGCUAUGAAACUCAAAGAGCAACUAAAGAGGUUAUACGAGAAUGGGGCGAGGAAAUUGCUGGUGGUGGGGAUCGGGCAGAUCGGAUGCACGCCGGGGCAAAGGGCGAAGAGCUCGACGCCGCCGGAAUGCAACGGAGAAUCGAAUAAGUGGUGCUCCAUUUACAACGAGGCUCUCAAAUCAAUGUUACAAGAGUUGAAACAAGAGCUUCGUGGCUCCAUAAGUUACUCUUAUUUCGACAAUUUCAUGGCCAUGCAAGAUAUCAUCUCCGAUCCCUCCGCUUACGGUUUUACAAACGUGGAAGCUGCGUGUUGUGGACGCGGAAAGCUAAACGCCGACCUUCCAUGUCUGCCGGUCGCCAAGUAUUGUCCGGACAGGACACAGUAUUUCUUCUGGGAUCUGUACGGCCACCCGACAGAAGCCGCCGCUCGGAGUUUCGUCGGGCUUAUGUUCACCGACGACACUCGAGUCGACAGUUAAACAGCUUGCCUCCUUAUCAUAAUAUAUUUCAUUACGCAAUUUAUUAUACCUUUUUACUCUUCUUCGCAAAUACUUCAUUACAAAAUUAUGAGACACAAAAGCAUAAUAAAAUCAAAUAGACAGCCCCUAUUUUGUAUUAGUUUCUCGAUAAAUAAUACUUACUUUAUUUUUAAUGACUA